CCAAAAUUCAACAACAAACGAUGCUUGCUCGCCUCGUUCGCGAGCCGCGACUCACCGAACACAAGGGCGGCUGCACGCUAGACAUCGGCGGGGGUCUGACUCUUAGCCUUACGUGCGUCGAGGUUGACAUCAUCCGGGUCUCGCUUCUCCGCCCAUCGGGCCGUGCGCUAGACCGUUCGUGGAUGGUCGCUCCCGGAAUGGCGUCGCUCCCCGAGGAAGGUAGGCCCAAGGAGAGCACCGAAGGCUUUGCGAUGCCCGACACCACGCUCGAGCGUACCGUCGAUGGCUCCGUUCGCUUGUCGACCGGCCGCCUGCGUGUCACGGUGGGUACUGCCGUGGGCGAGCCGCUCAGGCUGACAUGGGCGUGGCAUGACGAGGCGACUGGUGAUUGGAAGCUCCUGUUGCGCGAUCGCCCGACGGGUGCGUACUACGUCGGCGCCGACGGCCGAGUCUCGCACUACGUCUCCCGCCGGCGAGGCGACGCCUACUUUGGGUGCGGCGAGCGCAGCGGAGCUCUCAACCGCGCGGGCCGGCGAUUCGACCUGCGCUGCGUCGACGCCAUGGGGUACGACGCCGAGCGGAGCGAUCCGCUCUACAAGUUUUACCCCUUUUACAUCGGCAAGCCGUGCGCGAGCUCCGCCGACCCUUCCGGGACGGGGGAGCCUCCGGAGGCGCUCGGUCCGGACGGGCACGGCGAGCCGCCGCCGCUGCGCGCGGUCUCUCGCGGGGGGGGCGGCGCGUACGGUGUCUUUUACGACUCGAUGGCGCGGGCGGCGCUCGACUUUGGGUGCGAGCUCAACAACUACCACGGCCUCUUCGCGAGCUACCAGGCCGAGUGCGGCGACCUCGACUACUACGUGCUGCUCGGGCCGAGGGCCCGCUUCUCGUGGCUGACCGGCGAGACGCUGCUGCCGCCGCGCUGGUCGCUCGGCUACUCGGGCGAGCGACCCUCCCUGCCGCGCCCCCUCCAUGGCCUGGCCGCCCCACACGCCUCCACCGACCUCUCCACGCCCCUCCACGCCCCCGCCGCAGGCUCGACGAUGGCCUUCACCGAUGCGCCCGACGCCCAGAGGCAGCUCGAGGCCUUUCUCGCCGAGUGCGCGGCGAGGCAGGUGCCGCUCUCCUCCUUCCAGCUCUCCAGCGGCUACUCCUCCUCCGCCGCCGGCCGCCGGCACGUCUUCACGUGGAACAGCGGCAAGGUGCCCGACCCGGACGGGCUCGCCGCCGCUUAUGCCGCCGCUGGCGUGCGCCUCGCCGCCAACAUCAAGCCCUGCCUCUUGGUCGACCACCCCGAGUACGCCGCCUGCGCUGCGGCGGCCCUCUUCGUCGGCGCCUCGGGCGCGGCCUCCGCGGCGGCGGCGGGUGCGCCUCCCUCCUCGGGCGCGGUGUUUUGGCCCUCCACGCCGUCGGCAGCGGCGUACUCGCCCGAGCGGUCCAUGUUUUGGGACGCGGACGGCUCGCACCUCGACUUUACGAACCCGGCCGCCGCCGCGUGGUGGCAAGACCGCGUGGCCGCGGCGCUGCUGCGGCGCGGCAUCGUCGGCACCUGGAAUGACAACAACGAGUAUGCGAUCGAGGACGAGCACGCCCUCUGCCACGGGUUUGGGCGGCGCGUGCCGCUCCGGCUGGUGCGGCCCUUGCACGCGCUGCUCAUGUGCCAGGCGUCUUGGCGGGCGCAGCGCGCGCACGCGCCGGGCGAGCGGCCGUGGCUCAUCUCGCGGAGCGGGAUGCCGGGCAUGCAGCGCUACGUGCAGACCUGGAGCGGCGACAACUACACCGAGUGGAAGACUCUGCGGUACAACUUGUGGAUGGGGCUCGGCCUCGGCACCUCGCCCCUGCGCUCCGGGCCCACACCGGCCCCGUCCGGGAGCCCAGUGUGUGACGCGCGUGUAGGCCUCUCCGGUUGCUUCAACACCGGGCACGACGUCGGCGGCUUCGCCGGCCCGCCGCCGCCGGCCGAGAUGCUCGUCCGGUGGGUACAGAGCGGCGUCUUCCACCCUCGCUUCACGAUCCACUCGUGGAACGCGGGCGGGCCUCCGACGUCGGCUUGGCUCCACCCUGGCGUGGCGGCGCUGGUGCUCGACGCCAUCCGCUUCCGCUACGCGCUGAUCCCGUACCUCUACUCGCUCCUUCGCUCGGCGCGCGACGAGUGCGUGCCGCCGCUGCGGCCGACCUGGUUCGACUUUGAGGAGGACGACCGCUGCUGGCGACCCAGCGACGACUUCAUGUGCGGCCCGGCGCUGCUCGUUGCCAACGUGCUCGACGCAGGCGAGCGGCGGCGCGACGUCUACCUCCCUCAGAAUGGCGGCCGCGGCUGGUGGGACUGGCACGGCGGAGCUUGGCAUCCCGGCGGAGAGACGCUGACGCUGGAUGCGCCGCUCGACCGCAUCCCGCUCCUCGCCGCUGCCGGCGGGCGCUGCUGCGUGCCGCUCGCCGAUCCGGAGGCGCGCUCCGCCCUCGACGGAGGCAUCAGCCGCACGGUGCGCGUGUUUCCGCUGCCACCCGAUCCCGCGUUCGACGGCGUGGCGGCGGAGGCAUGCUGGGUCGAGGACGACGGCGUGUCGGACGCGGCGCAGGGUGCAGGCACGCAGCUGAGUGUCUCAGUGACGGCACGGGACGGGUCUCUCCACGUCGCCGCGGCCGCAGUUUGGCCAGAGUCGGCAUGGAGCUGCCCUCUCCAGACCAUCAACGUCGUCUUGCCGCCAGGCGAGAAGCGACCGGUGCAGAGCAUCGCCCCCGCGGCUGAUCUUCGCCUCGAGCUUGUUGUUGGCAAAAGGCCGCACCCGUAG